GCUAGCUAGCUGAGCUGUCGCUGUCAGCUGGGGUUCAUUUAUCUUGAUAAUUAGGAAUGCUGCACAAAAUACAAAGCUGGGACAAAACCAUUGGUAGGAUUCUUCAUAUUGAUAACCCAGCCCAUCUCAGUUAUCUCUGCAAAGGAGCUAAGUUGACACGCUACAGUACUGUUGGAUGUUGUGUAAUGAAGCUAAGCUCGUAUAGUCGAACGAACCAAAGCAAAUUAGCUCCAUGUUCAACAGUCUGAAGAAAGUGUAUUUUAGGGUGUAGUAGAAGCAAACCUAUAAUCUUGAAGAGGUAAGCUGAUCACCAUGCUGGAAUCCUACAUAUCACCGUUCCUGUUGGGCUAUGUGGACAAGUACAUCAAGAACAUUAAACCAGAGGACCUACGGCUCUCACUCUGGGGUGGAGACCUGGUCCUGAACAAUCUGGAACUACGCCUAGAUGCCUUGGAACGUGACCUCAACCUUCCCCUCUCGUUUGUGAGUGGCUUCAUCCAUGAGCUGCGUAUACACGUUCCGUGGACUCGGAUCGGCUAUGAGCCGGUCGAGAUCACAAUCAACACCAUCGAGUGCACCGUCAAACUGCGUGAUGCCGAGGCGGACGACAAUGACAGCGUCAGCUCCAAGUCGAGCACCAGUACCAACAAAUCCAGAACGGAGAGUGGUUCGAAGAUGAAGCCCAAAGAGGACAUUCAAGAUGCCAGUCUCUCGCCGGGCUACGUGACUUCUCUCAUGAACAGGGUGCUGCACAAUGUCCACGUCUCCAUCAAGAACUUGAUUCUGAAGUACGUAGAGGAUGACAUUGUCCUCUCCGUCAAUGUGCAGUCCUUUGCCACUUUUGCCACCGACAGUGACUGGCAGAAGGCUUACCUUGAACUCUCCUUGCCAGAGCUGGUCCUGAGACGUGUCUGUAACUUCACGGACAUCACCGUCUGCCUGGACAAGCGCAAUGCAAGCGGGAAAAUUGAAGUUUACCAGGAGCCUGUGACCUUCAGGUGUGCGGUAGCGGCCCGCAUGCACCUGACCUACAACAGUCUGAAUGCAAAACGGGUUAGCGCUGUCAAGGUCAGUACUCACUGUGAAGAGUUGAAGAUGUCGUUGUCCGACACGCAGCUUCCGAUGUUCCUCAGGGUUCUGCAGCUGGUUGUGGCACUGUACUUUGGUUCUAUUGACCUUCAGAAAGCAGAGCUGGAAGGAGAUCAGAGCAUCAAGGAAGAAGAGACAAACCAAACAGCUACUCCAUUAGCAGAGAAUGAUGAGGCCCAUGUUGAUCUUGAUCCCUCGUCAUCCUGGACAUCGUGGGCAUGGUCGUUUGUCCCAGAGGCUCUGACGUACGAUGAAGACGAUGACCAAGAAGAAGGGGCCGUUAAUCGAUUUGGUGGGGGCAAACUGCGGAAGCGCCAGGAACCCAUUCUCUCCAUUGGCUUCUUCUGUGACAAGGCUUCCCUGGAAUUCAAGGUGACCGACCCCGUCAGUGAACGUAGUCUGUACACCAGACCCAAGCUGAGCUUCCAUCAGACGCUGCUCUUUGAGAUGGAAGGGACAGCCGUAGACAUCCUGCUCAAAGGAGAGGGUUUCUUUGCCUUUCAGCUAGGCAUCAGCCACAUGGGACUCUAUGGUGGCGGCUCCUGUCCAUGCGGCAUUGCUAAGGAACUUGAGGAUCGCAGCUGUUACGUCCAUCUUGGAGACGCCGACUACAAGGACAAGUCCAACAACUACCUCUCUCUGACCCUGUUUGAUGCCGACAGUCCAGAAAACAACAGCCAGAAGACCAUCUACAUCCUGGAUGCAGAGCACCAUCAGUCCGUCUACACGGAGAAGGUCUCCAUGAAGAAAUAUGGGGCGUUCUGGAUGGACUACCUCUACACCUACGAGAAGCUGAGGGGGCUUGAUGGUAAUGACAGCACAAGCAGAUCGUCCCAUCAGAGUGAGACAGACCCCAUCUUCACGACGAAAGAGACCUCGUGGAAGCGGUUUGUCUUUGCUCUGACCUCUGUCGAUGUUAGCAGCUCUUUGGUCCAUCGUCUUCAACAGUUCAUGUUCUAUGCAGGAAACCAUGACUAUGAACCAUACAGUACUCCACAGCCAGAGAUUGUUGAUGAAAAGCGCCCCAUCCCCACGCCUGAGCAGGUAGCAGGAUUAGAAGAGUCCAUUCCUCAGAGGCACUCUCACUUUGCUCUGCUGGGCCUCGAUGUCAUCGUCAGAGCAGCAGAACAUGGAGAAUAUGACACCAGCGGGUGCAGUGAGGAGAGCACAUUUGUGCCUGUAGUCCCAGCUACUGCAAUCCCUGCUGUGAGGAUCCAAUGCGAGAGAGGGGACUACCAAGUCACAGUGCCCAUGUACGCUAGGCAACUCAUUGCAGCGGCCAGCAAAGUAUCUCACCCCAGCUCGGCUCUCAUGCACCACUGCUAUGGCCAGAAAAGCAUCAAGGUAUUUGGAUUGCAAGCUGGUUUGACCUGUGACCCUUGUGCUCCUGCUGACCCCUCACCCCCAUACCUUCAACUACUCCAGCCAUGCAGCUUUGCAGGACUGUCAAAAACGUUGUGCCUACCUAUGUACUGGACCGACCCCAACAUUGUCAAGUCAGAAAUGAUGCUAGAGGUACCAGCAGCCAGAUUAGACUUCACCAAGGCUCAACUUCUUCUCCUCAUCUACAUCCAACAGAGCUGGAUGGGCAAAAGUCAGACAAACAACUGGCUAGAGGAGACUAGCUUGAUGUACGAUGUAUUUACAACAGCAGGAAGUGAUACCUCAGAGAGUCAAGCUGGAAUUGUAGCCUCUUUGUCCAGUCUGGAGUGUAGAUGUGUCACCAACGACUGUGUCAAGGCUGUGUCUGGAAGCAUCGGACAAGCAAAGGUUGCCAUCAAAGACCAUGGUGAAGAUGUUCCGACACCUGUGUUUCAGGGCCCGCUCCAGACCGACAAGUAUCACCUGAUUACCUGCAUGGUACCAACCUCCAGGGCUACUGCUAGUCCUGUCACUAGCCCAAGAACCAAUGAGGCUUGCUUCCUUACAGUCACUGCCCAGCUACCGCAAGAUGACAAGCAUAAAGGUUCCCUAGGUGCUCUCCUGUUGAAGAUUGAAGGGACGUCCGUCUGCCUGGACCCAGUCCUGUAUUCAUGGCUUCUCUACCAGCCAAGCAGGAGACUGGUGACAUCUCACAUCUCAAGGGAUUCACCAGAUAGGACAGAAAAGAGUAUACCCACUGAGAUGAGGUCACCAGCCAAGAAGGCAUCAUCUCAAGGAUCUGAGACUUACAAGGCGCCAAAAAGUGGCGGUAGAUUCAGCAAGCAGAAGUCCCUCACAGCCACUGCUGUUAUGGAAGAUGGUGAUGUCAGUAAGGCUGAAGCUAGCAGCCAAGUAAACCAAUUUGAUGAAGUCAUAGCAAAACUAAAAGAGCUGAUCAUCCAGGUGGAUGUUUCACCGUGCAUCGUUGCCUGGCCAACAAAGCACCUCACCUUCCCCUCGUCCGACACCACCAUCCCACAAUGCCUAUGUGACCUUGUGACCUCUGGAGGUCAAGGGUCAGACUAUCCACCACCACCACCUCCUCCUGCGGUGCUGGUUGUGUGUGUACCAGCCCUGUCCGUCCACAGCUCGGGACACAAGGCUGUGGAUCCUGACCAGGAUAUACCACUCAGCAGGAUGGACCUUCCUCAAGAUCCAGGAGAGAAAUUUCCCUGGACCAUCAAGGCCAGAGACUUUUCCAUUUACUCACUCCACGACUGCCAGAGGGUGUACUACCUGCUGAAGCCAAUGGCAAUCUCCACUACACUGGCCCUUACAGCCAACAAACACCCUCCCUCUGAAGCAGAGGAGAAACCAGGCCUUGGUCUAGGUGUGCACACCGACAUGCCUGCAGUCAUAUUCAAGUGCUCCGAUGCUCAGGUUACCUUAGUUCACAAACUCCUGCAGGGAGUCCUAGACUGCAAGCAAGAGCUGGCCCAGGCUUUCAACUUCUCCAACAUUGGAUCUUCAACUCCUCCUGCACCUGUCCUCCUAUCAUCAAGUCCCAGACGUGGGGGCGGCCCCGCCCCCACAAUCCCCUCGUCUCCUUCCAAGUCAGUGCCUCCCAUGGCUACCAGUACUACCAACAGCAGUCAGGCUUCAUCCGGUCAAGCAGACAGCACUGUGGAGAUGCAGAGUGUAUCCAUGCCAAGCGAGGCACCAGCCUCCAGCCAGGGGGCCGGGACUGGGUCGUUGACCUCUGCGUGCGGGGUCAAGCUCUCCCUGUGGGUGCAGUGGACCCUACAUAAACUCUCGGUCGUAGUCUAUGGAAAGGACAAGAUGGCAGUGGGUCAGGAUCAAAUCGUGAAGCUUUGUGCAGACAUGGAGGACCUAACAACCAGCAUCGACCUUCAAGAGGUUUACUCCAAGGUCACCUGUAAAGUAGGGGCUCUCAAUGUUCAUCACUUUGUGAAAAGUGAGAAAGCCUGGACACCUGGACCGUUCAAAGGUGUUCUCCUGUCCUGCACAGAUACCAUGUCACACAACAUAGAGAUGUCUCCGCCCUUCAAGCGCCUUCGCACCAACUCCCAGACGAACAAUCCUUUCUCCCUGCACCCAAGCAAAGCAGCUGAAGCCAAACAGACGCACGCCUUCAUGUCCUUGACAUGGACGUGCGCCCUAGGGACGUCGGUAGCGCAGAAGAUGUCCGGCGGGAAGCAAGAGAAGCAAGGAGAUGGAUCGAAGACUAGCGAUGAAUCCUCUAUGCAGAAGCGCUUUGUGAACGAAGUGAUCCUAUCCUCGCAGGCAUUUGAUCUGAUCGUCUGGUGCCCCAUCGUGGCAUCCACUUUGGACGUUCUGAUGGCUGGAUUGGCUGUCGAAGGCAGCAGCAAGCCGGACUCUCUUCACGCUCCACGGAAGCCCGACUUCAAGAUGCACACCAUCCCUGAGGCUAAGCACGAAGGAAGCAUCGCAUCGGACGCCAUGUCCUGGCAGAGUAUCUCUCACCGAUCCACCAAGUCGCAGAGAUCGAUUCGAUCCUUGAAAUCCAGCCAACCCUCUGCGGGUAUCUCAGACUGGCUGACGAGUUCCAAACUCCCACUGCUCUACCUGGACUGCAAGGAGAUCAGGACCUUCAUUCCAGCUGGUCUGGUGAAUGAUCACGGUGGGCCUGGACUGAUGAAAGGAGUAGAGCAAGACCUGUUCCUGUUCCAGAUCUCACAGAUCUCCUUGGUUCCAUAUGCUGAUAAUCCUCUCCAGCGCUUAGUAGUGAAGCAAGACACAUACAGGAAAGCUACCAUAGCAGGUAUCACCCAGCAGCCUGGGUCAGAGGUCGAGGACAGGCAGUAUCAGCUGGAUGUCAAUGGCAUCAGCUUGAAUGUUGCAUCCUGGGAGCAGGUCAUGAGGUCGUCAGAGCAGGGCAGGAUGAAGGUCUCGUCAGGGGUGACUAGGUCCAAGACACAGAACCCAGCAUUGGAGUGGAACCUGUCGCUACCUACGCAAGACCCAGAAGAGGUCAAACUGACUCCUGUCAUUCAAGACUUUGACCUUCACCUUGUAGCAGCACCGGCCAUAGUUAUGGAGAAGACAAAACCUGACAAAGGGAAGCAUAAAGUCGUUAUCUGCGGCCACUCUGUCGAGUUCAAUGUCUCCACCGAUCUCAACCUCUACCUCAGUACCGAGCAGGUGCACCUUGCCCGUCGAGUCCUGGAUUCAAAUCUCCAUCACCUGCUACAGGGGAGAACCACCACCACCGACAUGCCGCCUCCUCAGCAACCAGCAGACCACACCCGACCCCCAACCUCCCUAGAGGACAGCGGGUUGGGUAGUGAUUGUGUCUCUGGCUCCCCUCCCACAGAGUUCACCGAGGCCACGCGUCUUACUGUCUCCAGUCCUCCGAGGUCAUCGGGCAGCCACGAUGCAAAGACAGUUGCCAUGGAAACGGGAGACGGGAAGCCCAAGAAGAAGUCGAGGAUGAAGGGGGUGACCCCUUUCGACUUUCUGAUGACUGGCAGAAAGAUCGCCCUGUUCUUGUACUCCAGCAAAGGGGAUCUGAAAUCCAAAAGUGCACCAAAGGGAGACACCAAAUCCUCACCCCUGCCACCGCCCCAGCAGCCCACUGUCCUGGAGCCGUUCUUACUCCUGGUGCUCUCUCAACCCUCCCUCGUCAUGUCCGUGGAGAAACCAAAGCAGAAGCUGGAGCUCUCCUUCUAUGACUUCCGCAUCGAUGGAGCUGCCAUGAACAAGCAAAUCAGAGAUCACAGUCUGCCUCAAGCCAUGGACUACCCUGUUCCCUGGUUUCAAACAUGCCCUGGUAUGCCUGAUCCAAAGACUGGUGUCAAACCUGCUCUCUUCACCUUCACCGUCACAGACUUCAUGAUGCAGAGUGCAGCUGUGAUCAAGCUGAUGGUUGCACGACCCCUGAAGGUGAACUUCAGCCUGACCAAGCUUCAGCAGGCUAGGGAGUAUGCAAAGAGGCUGCAGGCAGUCAGGACCCAGGAACUCACCAAAGUACCGCGUGAGGUGGAGGAAAUUAGGCUGAUGACUACUCCUAGGGCAGGAGAGAAGUCUGUAGGCAUCAGUCUACCAGGACAGCAAACCAGCCAGCAGGAGAAGACCAAACCAAAGAGUUCAGCUCCCCCUCCAGAGGGCGUCCUACAGAACCUCAUGAUGCUCUCCCACUUCCAGUCCGUCGUCGUCGCCACUAGUCAGAUGGUUGUCGUCAUGGCAACGAUCCCUGACCCGGAUUUCCCUCACGUCGUGGCGUCGGUGGGAGGAACGAUGUUCGAGUCGGACUUUGUGGUCAAUCAGAAGACAGAGGAACUCUUCCAAGCAGACAGCACCGUCCAACUCUACGACUUCACUCUCAAGACUUCCCUCCAGCAGUGCACCAAGCCCCUACUCGGACCGGUGACCCUUGACCUUCUGCUGCGGACCAAUCACGAGCCUCACAGCGCAAGCGAGCUGAGCCCCCUUCUCCCAAGAAUCUUUGCCGACCUCAACGUGAGGAACAUCCCGAUCACGUUCGGUCAGGAGAAUCUGAACUGCUUGACGACGGUGAUCGAUAAGAUGAAUGAAGUGCUUGGAGAAGGAGGAGGGAAGGGUAGAGAGAAGAAGAAAGUUCCGGCCAAGAAAUUCAAGUUCAAAAUCGACCCGUCCGCUGCCUUGGCGCCGAGCGACGGCUCCUACUCCGCAGACGAGGAGGAUGACGAUGCCUGCGAGGAUGACGGCAAUGAAGAUUGGGAGGACGUCGACGAGGAAGAUGAACCACCGGAAGGCGUGACCCAGAUAGAGUACAAGGACGACCUGAGGACGGGGGCAUUUGAAUACUUCACUGAAGGACACACAGAGGAUGAGAUACCCCUCCCCAAUCAGAUUUUCUUCACCCCGCCCUCCCAGGAAGGGGGUCAUUGGGGCACCAUGGUCUGGACUUACCCUGAGCCUAGGAUGGACGUUGGACUGACCAUCACCCCUGUCCCGAUCUCAAACCCCAACGUGAGGCCCUUUGCCAGGAUGAAUAAGAUUCCAUGUAUUCUGCAGGCGUACAACAGUCGGCGGCAGUCCUUUCAGACGGUGAGGAAUUUCUUUGUGUCAGAGACCCAGAGGUAUCAUAAGAAGCAGAAGAUUGUGGAGAGUCGAGACUUGGUGGAAGAGAUGGAUGCGCAUAGCACAUGGAGGGUCGUGCUCAAUUCAAACAUGCAGAGGAAAGCACUGCAACAACCUCUGAAGCCACCGACCCCUGACAUCAUCCUGACCCCGAUGACCUUGGCUGCGUCGAUGAGGUUCGACACCGUCUUCGCUCCUCGUUUCAUCCAGUUCUGCCAUCUCAACCUGACUGUUGGUCUGAUUGAGCUCAGGCUCUCCAAUCACCUCAGUCAGCUUGGGAAAGGAGUGCCCGACUACCUGAAGGGUUUCACGCCUGACGCAAGCACUCCAAAGAACCAUGAAUUCAUGGUGGUCCGCAUCCCAGAAACCAAACUGAUCAUUGAGAGUUAUGGAGGAGUGCAUGCAAGGACCAGGAUCAGUGGUGAGUCUGGGCUAGCAGUGGACCUCCUGAACUACCACAACCUGACCAUGGCACCUCUGCUGGAGCCAGUCGAGUACGAGAUCGGUUACAGCUUCCGCAGUCUCACCGACAUUGAGGGCACAUUGGGAUUCGCUGACUUGACCUUCGUAGCGGGUCAAGGCACUGUUCAUACUCUGAGCAAAGUGGCCCAAGCUUGGACCCAGAAUUUGAAGCCUGAGGCGGAGCGUCUCUUCUACGGUCACUACCUCAUCUGCAAUGCAACCAAUCAGGCACUGCGGUUUGGUCAGGUGCACACGGAUGAAUCGGUGGUUCUCAAGAGCAGUGAGAUGCACGAGUACAGCUGGAGAACCCACAAGAAGGAGAAACAGGAGCUUCACGUCUGUAUGGAGAGCUGGCGAAACUUCCGCUGGUCGGAACCAUUCAGUAUCGACGGUGAUGAGGGAGAUACAACUGUCCGAGUGCUCCACAAUAGAGAUCAGACGGCGACCCUCUUCAUCCAAAUCAGAAAGAUCACUGCCCUUCAGCGACAAAUCAUCAUCACUGGAACCCAGACGUUCACCAACCGCUUGACCAUUCCGUUGGACGUCCAGGUCACUCGAAGGUCAAUCUCCCAGACAUCACCUCGAUCGAGCACUGCCAGCACCCAGGAGACGAGGACACUCCAGCCCAAGUCCAGCCUUCCUGCCCUGACCUGUGGUGAUGAAGACAUCACGGGGGUCUGUGUCAAAGUUCAGGGGUCAGACUGCGACUGGUCGGAGCAGUUUGCCAUUAGUGGGGAGAUGUGCAGCACAGAGACGGUUGUCAAGGUACCUUGUUCCGAUGGUAGGAGGUUCUAUUUCUGGUGUCAGAUCUUCACUGAGACACAUGAUGGAAGUGUGCAGAGAGUAGUUGUGUUCAGCCCCCUCUUCACUGUUCAGAGUCACCUCCCGUUCCCAGUCACCCUCCACUGUCAUGCAGCUAGGGGCAAUGAUACACAGGUCAUAGAGGUUAAAGGUCAAGGGUCACUCCAACAACUCUAUCAGAUCCCUCCCUUGGCAUGGUACAACCUCACCCUAGCAUCUACAAGUGAGAAGAGUGCCAGCUCUAGCUCAGCAGCUGUAUGCGUCUCUACUGAGAUGUUUGAGAACAUAGUCCAGCACCCAGAUGAGGCAGUGGGACUAAAGGGACUUGCAGACAGUCAUGAGGACCCGGAUAUGACUAAGUUUUGGCCCUACAAUCAUCCCGAUUAUACCAGCUCCGAGCUGCAUGCAUCUUCUCUGCAAAACAUCACCGUUGCUUCUCCAGCAGAAGAAGCUGGACACCCCUCCACCAGUCUGCAGGUUGGAAUGGUCCAGCACAGGUCGAAGGUCAACACAAUCAGGGUAGAGAUGAUGCCAUCUUGUCUGAUAGUGAAUGAGACAGGCAUGGACUUCACCAUUCAAGAAGAUGGGGGUGAAACUGUCAAGGUGAAGGGAGGGACCACCUGUGCUCCACAAAAGUUCAAAGCCAAGUUGUCACUGAGCUUGUCUCAUGAAGGAGAGGACUAUGUCUAUAAUGAUGUGGUGAAUCUCCUCAGUGAUCCUAACGCCCCUCCAACAAAGAAUGAACCUGUCCAGGGACUGCAGCUACAACCAGAGGGACAUGGGACCAUUGAACUUGUCAGUAGGGGUGUCCAUCUCGGAACGCAGAAGGUUGUUCAUGCUGCGUUGCAUUCCACCGUGAAACAUAACAUCCGGAUCCUGACACUCCGACCAAGAUUUGUCUUCCAAAACAACUCCAAACAAAAUGUCAAGAUACGAAUGGUGAACCUCAGAUCAGAAGAAAAGGUUUCCAUCCAAGCAAAUACCCUCCAGCCCAUCACCAUUCCCUCCAAGUCAUCAGAACACACCCCUCACCUCAAGUGGGAUAGUCCAGCAUGCAGCCAGCCAACCGGAUCCUUCCAUUACCUGUCUGUAGCCUUAUCUGACCAAUCAGCUGCAGAGGGGGCGUGGCUUGAUGAAUGGAGUGCUUGGUUGAAGAUUGAUAGUGAAUUCCCGAGGGUCCCAAUCACAGUACCAGUUACGAAGCCCUCAAAGACGUUCCAGUCCAAGAACAUUGUUACUUCUCCCAUGGUUGCCAUGGUGUACCAGCAUGAGGGCGUGACCUAUGUAACCUUUGACCGCGACCCUUCACCCAAGGUGCUCGUCAUCAAUCGAUGUCCCUUCCCUGUCCAUUUGGGGCAUUCUCAAGAACACACCAAGGUGGAAGAAGCAUUAGAGAUUGAAGAAGAGUCUGGCCCGAUGCCCAAGAUCCCCACCGUUCCUUCCAGCUCCGUCAUCCAUUACAACCCUCCCCUUGAAGCCCAAUCCAAGCAGUCCAACGUCCACAAGUUCCACUUUGCGGUCGCAAAACCCCCAGGAUCCGUCACCAUCCCCUCCUCCCAAUCCCUCAUGGAAGGAGGGUCAAAGGUCGAAGGUCAGCAGUGGAGUGAAGCGGUGGAUAUCGUGGACUCGUGCAACCCAACGAGGUCAGAGAUCGUUUCCAUGCCAUCAGGAGGGUAUCUCCUGGUCGCCACGGAGUGUGUGGGAACGUUGAUUCAUAUCUUUGUUGAUUCGCUGAACUCAAAGGACGAGCAGGUCGAAGAUUCGACGCCCGAUCCACCUCAGAUCAGUCAGUCUAUUGGGACUGGAGGUAUCAUAGUCAAGGUGAUGAAUGACCUGACCCCGGGUCAAGAGGUCAAGGAGAUCCUGCGGGUGACUGCUAAAGGGGUCGACUUCGUCAUGGUGGCCAGAGAGGACUUGAAGCGCACCAAGGCUCUCCAUGCUGUUCAUCUCAUUUCAUUCUCUGUCAAGAAGAUCCAGAUUGAUAACCAGAGCCAUGAUGGUGGAGGUUAUGACUUCCCGGUCAUCUUCAGAGGUCACAAGAGGAAAGAGGACAAGUUCCUGCCCGACAUUGACCACACCUACCAGCUGACCCCUGAGCGGUGGUACAACUUUGUCUACGCUGAAGCGCAGGAGAACAGAGAGGGCAGUUUCUUCUGGGCUCACGUCUUCGUGGAAAGUAACGAGGGCUUCGGUGAUCGUCUGCGCAACGCGGAAGUCGCUUUCCACAACAUGGAGGUGUACAUCGAGGACCAGUUUCUCCAUAAUGCCAAGAGCCUCGUGAAGACCUUCUCCCCGGUUGGUCUGGUCAAGAAAGAGCCCUCUGCAAGUUCUGGCCCCCCUUCAGCGGUCAAGCUAGCCAUGGAUGCCUUGAAGUCCCCUAUCGGCCUUCAGCAGCUGACCAUCCUACCCAUCUCCUUGACCGCCAGUGUCCACGCCUCACUCAAGAUGUUCCUCUCGCUUGACCAGACCAGACUUCAGUUCCAACGCUAUGAGACGGGACCCAUCUACGCGACCCAUCGACAGCUGGGUCAGGCCCUGACGCUGCAUUACACGUCGGGGGCGCUGUUCAAAGCAGGUUGGGCUAUUGGGUCAUUGGAUCUGAUUGGUAACCCGGCUGGUUUCCUUCGUAGCGCCCGUACAGGACUCUAUGACACGAUGUACCUGCCCUACGAAGGUCUGACCAGGGGACCCAGUGCCUUUGUGUCGGGCGUGGCUUCGGGCAUGUCAUCCUUAGUGCGCCAUCUAUCAGCUGGCACGCUUACCUCCAUCACAAAGUUUGCGUCCAGCAUGUCGCGCAACCUUGACCGGCUCUCGCUGGAUGCUGACCACGUGGCCAGACGCGAGGAAGAGAGACGUCGGGUCCCAGAGGGAAUGUCGUCUGCCAUCGCCCAAGGGCUCAGUAGCUUUGGAAUCAGUUUGCUAGGAGCCAUUGCUGGACUGGCUGACCAACCUCUGAGGAGCUUCCAAGGCGUCGGCUCGGACCCCUCCUCCGCCUCCCCUUCACAGCGAGCUAGAGGUGUGAUAUCGGGUGUGGGCAAGGGGCUGGUUGGGGCAGUGGUCAAACCCCUGGGCGGGGCCGCGGAACUGGUGGCCCAAACUGGACAGGGUAUUCUGCAUGGGACGGGACUUGAAGAGAAACUAACACCCAUAGGAGCACAGUACAUUGAGCUGAGAAGCACAGCCAUGAAUGCCAGACUCAAAUAUGAAUGGAAGAUGCUCCGUAGCCUCCCGACUUCAGAGAUCCUCUACCACGUCGACAUCACCUCCACGACUGUCCAAGGACUGCAGCGUGGGGGCGCCCUACUCCUCACCCCUGAAGUUCUGUACGUUGUGAGUUCAAGCGAGGACAUGCAGCAGCUAACCCUUCCCCUGUGUGACAUAGAGUGUCGACCGAUCAGGUUCAAUGAGAAAGCGCUGAAGGUUGUGGUCAAGAGCCCUACAGCUGUUAUGAAAGAAAAGACCCCUCCGACAGCAGACCGCGUGGCAGACUACGUGGCUGCAACCUCCGACACCUCUGGCCACGAGGACGAACCGGCGACCCCCAACUCCGACAGCCCGUCCGAAGCAUCAGGUCAAGGGUCGCAGGAAGUCCAGCGCUCGUACCAGUACAGCAUGCAGAUGGCCCACAGGGAAACCUUUCUGGCGAUGUACUGCGUGGCCAAGAAUCGGCUGGAAGGAGUUGGGUUCUGUUACGACGAGGGUGACAACAUAGAGUAUAGACAGUGGCAGCUGGCGGCAGAGAAGGCCAAGGCGACCGAGAUGUAGUGUGUGUGUGUGAGUGAUAACGGUGAUGACGGUAUCCUUUUCAUUUUUCCAAGCUUAUGAGUUAACUUUGAAUAAAUUUCAUGAAAGAUCUUAAUAUUUGGGGGAUGUAUUUCAUGAGUGAUAACAGUAUUGAAGAUAUCCCAUUGUUCAUUUUCAAAAUUUGUUUGCGAAAGCAUUUACAUACAAACAUAGAUCUACAUAUUUGGGACUGUAGAAUUGAAUGUUAUAUCCAACAGCCAUGAGAGUUUCAGUAGUGAUUCAAGAAACUCUAUAAAAAAAAUUCUAAUCAUUUAACUGUCAUCUUUUUUACUGUCAGUCAAGUUGCAGGAGUGGAAAACUUGAUGACGGUAACAGAGAAAAUGAUAAAGUAGCAUGUUAUGUUUUGGGGUUGUUUUUUUUUAACCUUCAUUUGUUUGUCAGUCUUUGGAUGGUUCUUGGCUGCACAUAUUUCAUUGGUCACCGUCUUAUCUGAGAAAAACACAUGCAUUAUGGUUGGAUAUAGAUUGUGGAUCAUUACAUAAUUUCAUGUGGCACGAUUGAUGUACAUGUAUUAAUUAUCACUUUACAGAUAUAUUAGAGUGAAAACCCACCUUGAAUUGCUUUGAUUGAUAAAUGUCUGUCUUAUUGAUUAAUGUCUGUCUGAUUGAGUUCAAUGAAAAAAUAAAAAAAAUCAUGAAGAAGAGAGAUUUGAAGAGUUGAAAACUAUAUGUGAUGACUGGACUAUUUGAUAGAACACUAGGUCAUGUGAUAGAUGAUUACCAUUAUGGAAUGAAAUUCCAAGUGUAUAUAAGAAACAAAAAUAUUUAUUUCUCUAUAAUUUAUUUGCAUUCUAACAUGUUGGUGUAGAUCACCGUAAUAUAUUCCAGCGAAAGGAA